AGAAAAUCUGAAAACAUGUCAGGAAAUCUCAGAUCCAGCAAGACCACCUCGAAAAGUCCAAAAACCUCACCAAAGAAACAGAAAGGUGACAAAGCUAAGCGAUCCUCAAAAGGAAAACGAAAACAGCUUGAUAAAAAAGAUGAAGUUGAUCUUUCUAUGGAAGGAAUAGGCCACCCAGAAAUUUUUCCCUUAGUCUUCACUACAAAAACCCAAGAAAUCUUUAAUUGCCGAGUGGAUGAGGAUGUCACAGAAGAAAAUUGUUUCAAACUUAUUAAAAAAGAAGACAUAAUUCAGGACCUGAAAACGAGAGCUGCUAUUUCUGAUUUCCACCCUGUCAAAAGAGUUAUUCUAGAAUAUCCAGGGGAAGAACUUCUGGUAGUUUUUGAUGCAAAUUUCCAGUAUGGACAAAACUUUUACCUUGUUGCUUCUGAGGAAGCCAAGGAAAACUUUCUGAAGCCUCCAGACACUGCAGAAGAAAAAGAAGAAAAAAGUGAAGAAGAAAAAGAGAGGACUCUGGAAGUCCAUGCCUGUAAGCGUUCUGUCCACAAACCAUGGGUUUCUCUUGGCAGCGAAAAGGAAGUUGAAGAAGAAUCUGUUAAAGGCUAUGCUACAAAGAUUAAGUACAUGUUUUCUCGAGCACGCGGGAAGUUUGGUGCACCAAUUGGAUUUACUGAUAGGAAUGCUUCACAUGUGAAAGACAGUUAUGUUGAAUGCACUUCCUACCAAGACAAAACUUUCAGCAUUAAACUGCUUGAAAGAGAUGUGGGCAUACAAAUGGUUCCAAAAGUAAAAGAAGCUAGUACUCAGACAAAAUGGACCUAUCCAAAAAAUGCAGCCACGCAGUAUUCUUCUAGACAGUUGUCAUAUGAAGAGCUGGAAGAGAGUCUGUCAUCUGAGAAACUGAAAGAAUUUGUCACAUCAGUACAUUUAAGAAUGGAAGUUGCAUUGCAGCAGAAUGAAAUUAUGAAUGCCUUUUUUGAUGACUGGAAGGCCCUAGCAGAAGAUGAAAGCAGUUCUGGUGACAAGUCAGAUGUCUAUCUUCAAGCAUACCAAUCAUUCACAGAUCCAGACUACCUCAAGGACAGAAGUAUUAGCUGCGUCCGUUGGCACCCAAUCAUCCAUGGGAUAAUAGCAGAGUCAGCAACACAGAGGUAUUCUGAUGAAGAAAGAAUUAACCCUUCUGACAAAUUAUUGUUACAGGAUUCAGUCAUUAUUUUUUGGAGCUUUUCUGACCCUACCCGCCCUCAGUUAAUAUUAGAAUGUCCCCAUGACAUUUACUGCUUUCAGUUCAGUCCAAGCGAUCCAAAUAUCAUUGCUGGUGGCUGCUUCAAUGGACAGCUUGUACUGUGGGAUAUUUCUAAAAAUGAAGAAAGGCUGCAAAAUGCAAAAAGCAUAACUGUUGGAGUCAAAAAGUCAGUUGUUAAUAUGGACGGUGCUUCUGUUGCAAAUCCAUCGGAGAACAACGAUACAUCUGAGCCAUCAUAUAUGGAAGACGAUGAGAAUGAUACAGAGCCACCUUUAGUAAGAUACUGCGCAUGCUCUUCCAUAGAGUGUAGCCAUAAAACAGUGAUUACAGAUAUACAUUGGCUGCCAGAUCAUUUUGAGGUCAACCGAAUGGGCAUCACUUUUGAAAACAGAGCUGAAAUUUGCGUCCAGCUUGUGACCUGCUCCCCUGAUUGCUUAAUAUUGUUUUGGGAUAUUCGAGUCACCAAAACUCCCAGCAAGCCUUUGUUUGAAAAAGCAAAAGAGAAGAAAAUUUUUGAUAUGCCUCCCGGAGUUCCAGAUACCUUUAAGCACCUAGCUCUCAGCUGGAAACCUCUCCUAAAGAUAAACCUGUGUAAGAGUGAUACCAGAAUGGAAUACAGUCCCAUCAAAAUUUGUCUACUGGAACAGCAUCAUCAUUACAAAAUCUUAGAUAAGGCACAAUCUAUGAACAAACAAAAGGCACUUGCCAAAGAGAAACCAUACGCAAAGAUGAGUGUUCCUUCAAAGAAACCUCUGAAAGCACUGGAGAGUAUCUCCAACAACUUUUUUGUUGGAACUAAAGAUGGAGAAAUUAUCUAUUCUGACUGGAAAAUAAAAAUCGAUAGCAACUCAGGAAAACCAGUUAGUAAGAAGCCCUCUCAUAAAUACUUCAUCCAUGACGAAGCUGUGAACACCGUCCAGAUAUCUCCCUUUUUUAAAGACAUUGUUUUAAGUGUUGGAGGCUGGAAUUUUGCCAUUUGGAAAGAAGGUGUUACAGAUGGACCUAUUCUCGAGUCAAGCUGCAUGACACAAAGAUACACUACAGGACACUGGUCCUUAACAAGACCAGGAGUUUUCUUCAUUGGCAGAGAUGAUGGAAAUAUAGAAAUCUGGGACUUACUGAAGAAAACUCAUGAGCCAGCUCAUUUCCAGAACAUCUCUGAAUCAACGAUCACCUGCAUCAGCCCCUGGAUUGCCUCAUCAAAGCAGCAAUUUCUUGCUGUUUCUGAUGAUUCUGGAGUACUGCAUGUUUUAGAAAUCUGUCCGAUAUUAAGCCAGUCUUCCAGCAAUGAGCAGGCCAAUGUACUUGAUUAUUUUGAGAGAGAAGUCAAAUAUCUGAAGAAUUACGAAAAAUACCAAGAGUUUCAAGCCAAAGAAAGAACAGAAAAGGAACAGACACAGAUGGAGAAAACAGUACGUUAUAUUUGGAAUUAAGCAAACUUCCUUUGUUUCCUUAGAUCUUUAAAAUGCACUUCUUUUGCCUAGGCUAUUUCCCAUAGUAUUUUCAAAAAUCAGGAUGUGUAUAUUCAGAAUGAUUUAGCAGCUCCUUAUUUCUUAUUUGUCAUGGUUAGGAUUAGAAUAGACAGUCCUGGUUCACUUUUUUUUUCUUCCAAUAAGGAUUUUGCCUAUGCAUUCUUUGGUAGAUGGUUUAAUAGUACCAGCUAACAAACCAAGAAAACAACAAUUCAGUUAACAUAGCCCUGUCCACUAAUUUGUGAUUGCACUUAAUACUAUCCACUGGAAGGCAAUGGAGUGUUUGCUUUUGUAUUUCAAAGCUGAACAGUGAAUUAUUGCCUUGUUUCUGUUCUUCCUUCAGAGUGUGGCUACUAAACAGAAAACUAAAAUAGACGGAGGAGCAAGAAAAUGCAGAUAAGGUGUUUCUGGAGCUGGAGAAGCAGAUACUAAUGGAUUUAGGAAGAGUAAAUGAACCAGAAAUACCUUACUCACAAGAUGCUUAAUGCUCAUUAUCAAUUUGAAAAAUAGUAACCUUUUUAUUUCAAGGCCUCUUUGUUUCAGUAGAACAUUUUUAGCUUCAGAAAUAAAGCAUCUCGCACUUGGAGGUUAUUGUUUCAUUAAUUUUAUCUAGUUUACUCACAAAGUGGUUAGAGAGCAACUGCUCUGGGCAUAAUUCUUCCACUAUCUUCAUUAAAAUAGUUAUUAUGAAUAUUCCAUCUGUUUAAGUAGUAGGGUUUUUGUUUGUUUAAGUUCUGUGUCCAUCAGGACUCUAUAAACUAUAGUAAUCUUAAACAAGUUAACUGAUCAAAUCAAUAUGCCAGUAUUCACCCCUGCAAUCCAACAUCCACUUGCUCCCGUCAGAAGGGAAUUGAUUCUGUUUCAGUAGUUACACACAGGCUAUCCAAAUUCUGCUACUCUUCUCCCCCAAGGAUCUCCCUCAUCCCCAAAGUACUCCUCUUGAAUAAUUACAGACAAGCAGUAAUUUUCUGAGGUGUCCAGGACAUCACCUGCUCUGGAGAUACAGUGACAGAUACUCAAAACCCACCUGGAUGCCAUCCUGUGCAAUGUGCUCUAGGUGACGCUGCUCAGCAGGGGAGUUGGACUGGAUGAUCUCCAGAGGUCCCUGCCAACCUCAGCCAUUCUGUGAUUCUGUGAUCUGAACAUGCUGUCAUAAGCAUGACAAAUUUUGCAGCCUGAACCACCUUUACUCACUAUCAUUGAAUUAGAAAAUGAAUGCUAUUUAAGCCUGGGUAAUACUUCAAAAACAGAAAACCAAAACUAUAAAAUACAUUGUUAUGUGACUGGAAUCAGUACAGUUUAGAACAGCUUUUACUAAGCACGCUGCAGCUGUUGUGUGCUUGUACUUCCGUCAAAAGAAUUAUUCUUGAGGGAGACUGAACUGUGUUAUAGAGCAGUUUUGUUACUUACCAGUGUAAAUGAGUAACUGCUCAUUAAUAUUGAUGUUCGUCCACCAUCCACAGAGCCGACUCUUUCCACACACAGUGCUCUGGUUGCUGCUUGGUAUCCAAUAGCCAGGUCAGACAGCACGUAACUUAGUAC